AUGACAGUGACCGUUGACAAUGCAAGUUCGAAUGAUGUUGCUUGUGGAUACCUCAGGAGGAAACUUAGCCAGAGGAAGAGUUGUGUAAGUGAUGAGAAGUAUCUACAUAUGAGAUGCAUUGCUUAUAUUGUUAAUGUGAUGGUAUGGGAUGGCUUGAAAGAAGUGGGGCAGUCUGUUCAGCGUGUUCGGGAUGCAGUCAGAUAUGUGAGACAAUCUCCUGCAAGAUUGCAAAGAUUCAGAGAAUGUGUUGAGAAAGAGAAGAUAGAGAGUAAUGCCAUGUUAUCUCUCGAUGUGAGCACUAGAUGGAACUCCACAUAUCUAAUGUUGAACAUUGCUCAGAAGUUUGAGAGAGCAUUUGAGAAAUUUGCUGAUGAGGAUCCAUUCUUUAGGUUAGAAAUUGGUUUUGAUCCUGGGAUGCCAGUUGAAGAGGAUUGGAAUGUUGUGAGACGAUUGGUGACCUUUUUAGAAUUAAUGGCUGAAAGGAUGAAGGCCAAGUUUGACAAGUAUUGGGGGAAUAUUGAUAAGAUGAACAAGUUGAUAUAUAUUACAGUUUUUCUUGAUCCUAGAUGCAAGAUGGUUAGUUUGGCAUUAGCUCUCCAGGGAAUAUAUGGUGAAGAAAAGGCCAAUGACUCGAUGCAUCUAAUAAAGGAAGCUACAUUCAGUUUGUUUGAAGAGUACGAAAAAAUGUAUGCUCCAGCCACUGGACAAUGUAGUGGAAGUGGUGGGAGUGGAGUGGUGGCUUCCAACUCUUUAUCUCAUGAAGAAAAUGAAUUUGAUCUGGAAAGAAUGGUGUCACAGCAAUUGAAGUAG